GGUGGCCGGGGAGGGGCAGUUCCUCUUUCCUUCCCAAGCACAGAGGAGGCCCCAGCUCCCAAGGGGCUAAAAAUUGGAGUACCCGGUAGGCGGGGAGGGGCCAGGCCGCCCUCUCCCCCCCACCGGAAGCAUGAACAGGAAAGACAGCAAGAGGAAGUCCCAUCAGGAAUGCUUGGGGAAAACUGGGGGUCGGGGCCGACCCCGGCAGGCCCGCCGUCACAAGACAUGCCCCAGCCCCCGGGAAAUCAGCAAGGUCAUGGCGUCCAUGGCUCUGGGCAUGCUGAACGAGACCAGCUGCAGUGAAGAUGAGCUGCUGGAGAAAUGCAUUCAGUCCUUCGACUCGGCGGGCAGCCUGCGUCGUGGGGACCACAUUCUCAACAUGGUGCUGGCCAUGCACAGCUGGGUGCUGCCGUCCACCCAGCUUGCUGGCCGUCUGCUGACCUUGUACCAGGAGGCCACAGGGAACACACAGGAACUGAGGCGGCUGCAGAUCUGUCACCUGGUCAGGUACUGGCUGACCCAACACCCCGAGAUGAUGAGGCGGGAACCCCAGCUACAAGAGGUGUUCGAUCGCUUCUGGACCACUGUGGGUCAGGAGGGUAACUCAGCUCAGAGGAACCUGGGCCACGCCUCGAACCUCCUGAGCCCAGGUGGCCCCGGCCCUCCGCCACAAGCGAGCAGCCCAGGUCUGGGCAAAAAACGCAAAGUGUCCUUACUUUUUGAUCACCUGGAGACGGGGGAGCUGGCACAACAUCUCACUUACCUGGAGUUCCGGUCCUUCCAGGCUAUAACGCCCCAGGACCUGCGGGGCUACGUUUUGCAGGGCUCGGUGAGGGGCUGCCCGGCCUUGGAGGGCUCCGUGGGUCUCAGCAACAGCGUGUCCCGCUGGGUGCAGGUCAUGGUGCUCAGCCGCCCGGGGCCCGCACAGCGUGCGCUAGUGCUUGAAAAGUUCAUCCACGUUGCACAGAGGCUCCACCAGCUGCAGAACUUCAACACGCUGAUGGCGGUCACAGGAGGCCUGUGCCAUAGCGCCAUCUCCAGACUCAAGGAUUCCCACGCCCACCUGAGCCCUGACAGCACCAAGGCCUUGCUGGAACUGACGGAGCUCCUGGGUUCUCGCAACAACUACGCCCGCUACCGCCGCACCUGGGCCGGCUGCACUGGUUUCCGGCUGCCUGUCCUGGGGGUGCACCUCAAGGACCUGGUGUCCCUGCAUGAGGCACAGCCUGACAGGUUGCCCGAUGGCCGCCUGCACCUGCCCAAGCUCAACAGCCUCUACCUACGGCUGCAGGAGCUGGCCGCUCUCCAGAGGCAGCAACUCCCCUGCAGUGCCAACGAAGACCUGCUGCACCUGCUCACGCUGUCCUUGGAUCUCUUCUACACGGAGGAUGAGAUCUACAAGCUCUCCUACUCCCGGGAGCCCCGCUGUCCCAAGAGCCUGCCACCAUCCCCCUUCAAGAUGCCCUUGGUGGUAGAAUGGGCCCCCGGCGUGACGCCCAAGCCCGACCGUGUCACCCUGGGUCGCCAUGUGAAGCAGCUGGUAGAGUCUGUGUUCAAGAAUUAUGACACUGAUGGCCGCGGGACCAUCUCCCUGGAGGACUUUGAGCGGCUGUCGGCCAGCUUUCCCUUUGCCUGCCAUGGCUUACACCCGCCCCUCCGCCAGGGGAGUGGCGCCUUCAGCCGGGAGGAGCUGACAGACUACAUGCUCCGGGCCAGUGCCAUCUGCUCCAAGCUGGGCCUGGCCUCCCUGCACAACUUCCACGAGGUCUCCUUUCGCAAGCCCACUUUCUGUGACAGCUGCAGUGGCUUUCUCUGGGGUGUCACCAAGCAAGGCUACCGGUGUCGGGACUGUGGGCUGUGUUGCCACAAGCACUGCAGAGAUCGGGUGAAGGCAGAGUGUAAGAAGCCAGGCUCCAAGGACGACGGCAGCUCCCCAAGAGCCUCCACCCCACCCUUACUGGUUCCUCAUGCCAACUGUGUCCCACAAACAGGCUCUGAGGACAGCCUCCCCUACACGAUACCCCAGGACUUGGAUGCGCUACCCCAGGACUCUGAGACUGAGUGCUACCCUCACCAGGCCUCAACCCAGCAGGAGCCCUCCCACCUUUCCUGGGAACCAGAGACGGUCCCCCUCCCAGCGGCGGCCCCACCACCCACCCAGCCUUCCAAGCUGAAUUCCUAGACUUCACCUCAGUCUCUGCUCUGUCCCCCCAAGUCCUGUAAUUCAGCCUCCAGUGGAACCACCAAAAGCACCGCCUCCCUUCCAUCCACACUGCCCCUGUGGAGUCAUUAUCACUCAGCCUUUUCCCCCAAAGAAAGCUCUUUUCUUCUCUGAUAUCUGAGUGGUUAUUAACUGUGCUUUCUUUCUGC